GGAAGCGGGGAGCGGGACCCGCGUCCGCCGCGCCACCGCCGCCACCAUCACCAUAACCAUCACCAUGGUGCUGUGUGACGUGUGCGGGCAGGCGCUGCCCUCCGAGGCGGCGGCCAGGCGGCACCUGCAGCGCCCGUCCCUGUGCCGCCGCCAGCCCCGCAGCGCGCCCUGCGCCGCCGCCGCGGGCUCCGACGAGCUCCGGCGGCACACGGACACGGCCCGGGCGGAGCCCGGCCCGCCGGGCUGCCGCCGCCCCGGGACACCGGCCGAGUGCCCGUUCUGCGGGGCGGCGGCGGGGCGGGAGCUGGAGGAGCACGUCAGGGCGCGGCACGGGCACCUGCUGGGCGCCCCGGGCACGGACACAGGAAAUGGUGAACAGCUAUAUGAAUGUCCUAUGUGUAGUCUUACCUGUACAAACAUUCAGAUUCUUGAAGAACAUGUGGAUUUACACUUAGAGGAACAUAACUUUUCAGAAGGUGGAAACAUUAGCGAUCUAGAACUGGCUCAGCAACUCCAAACUGAAGAAGAUGAGCGGCAGAGAUCAGAGGAAGAGAAGCGAGAGAGGGAAGAAUUUAAAAAGCUGCAGAGACAGUAUGGCUUGGAUAAUUCUGGUGGCUUCAAGCAGCAAUUUCUAAAGAAUAUGGAAAGAGAAGUUGAUAGAGGAAGGAUGCAGCCCUUUGAAUAUCAUAAGAGAAAAGCUGACAUGAUGGAAAGUUUGGCUUCUGGUAUAGAUGAUGGGAGAACGAAGACAUCAGGAGUCAUUGAAGCAUUGUGCAAGUACUAUCAGAAUGAGAACAAAGAUGUGAGGCGUGUGUGGCUUUCAGCGGGAGUAGAUCACUUCCACUCAUCUUUGGGCGACAGAGGCUGGGGUUGUGGUUACAGGAAUUUCCAAAUGCUCCUUUCCUCCCUGUUGCAAAACAGCCUCUACAAUGACUGCCUGAGAGAUACUACACUAAUUCCUAGUAUCCCAAAGAUUCAGUCCAUGAUUGAAGAUGCCUGGAGAGAAGGUUUUGAUCCUCAUGGGGCAUCUCACUUCAACAACAGAUUACAUGGUUCCAAGGCAUGGAUAGGAGCAUGUGAAAUUUAUUCACUGUUAACCAGUCUCAGGAUAAAGUGCCAAAUCAUUGACUUUCACAAACCCACUGGCCCUAUGGGUACACACCCUCGCUUGUUUGAGUGGAUUUUGCAUUACUAUUCUACAGAUAAUGAAGGUGGUGCAAAGGUGGUGUGUACUUCCAAACCACCUAUCUACCUCCAACAUCAAGGUCAUAGUCGUACUGUUGUUGGAAUAGAGGAGAAGAGGAACAGAAGCUUAUGUUUGCUACUGUUUGACCCGGGAUGUUCUUCCCAACAAAUGCAGAAACUGCUGAACCAAAACAAUGAUGGAACUGGUCUCAAAGUACUUCAGAAAUUUGUGGGUAGCCUAAAAGAACAGCAAUACCAGAUAGUGGCUGUAGAUGGGGUGCUCUCUUUGGAAGAGAAAGCUGCUCGCUGCCAUGCUUCUCAGGUCUUAACAUCAGAGAAGAUUCCUUAAAGGAUACUUUUGUAACCUGCUUCUGGAACUUGCUGGGUGCAAAACAUUAAAAUUCUAACUCAACAAUUUUUAGACUUAAACUAUGUCUCCAUAAAUGCUUGGGAGCUCUGGAGAAGCACAACACUGGAGUAAACCUGUAGUUUUUGUGUUGAGUCAAAACUCUGGCAUCUUGAUACAAAUGUAACUCUCAAGUGCUGAGGUCCUUGUCUUACUUGAAAAUGUGUUAUUUUCUUAAUUACUUAGGAUUAGCAACACCUACUAUCUUGUAGCAAAUUAUGCACUGUUGUUAAUGAGCAGUGGAUAAAGAUACUUAUGGAACUACUUAAUUGGAGUUCCUGGUCAUGGUUUACCUCUGUAAAUGUGUUUAUGCUGCCACUGUGACCAGUCCUGUAUUUCUUCAUGAUUCAGUCUGUUCCACCAGGGAUUAGUUUACUAGUGAACUUCUUUUCAAAUAGAUGUCUUUAGAUGUAUCACUUGAACACAUGCACUUAGGAGGUGGAUCCCUGUUGGCACUGGCUAAGAUGUCUAAGAAAGCGGUGUCUAAAACAGAGUGUGUGUGCAUCAGGUGCUGUGCAAGACUGUCCUUUGGGGUACUGGAAGGAAAUACUCCUUUUCUACCAUGAAUGAAUAAAGUUAUAUUUUUUAGAAGUGUUUAUUCCAUCUUCACCUUUUUUAAAAAAAUAUGUCUAUUUUUUGUGUGUUUUAGAAUGUAUAUCCCAAAAGGACACUUUAGUGCUCCUGUUGUGCAGGGUUAAUUCCAUUUAAGAGACUGGAGGUAUCUGUGGAAACAAGUACCUUGGGUGUUUGAGGAACUUUACUGUGCCUAGGAGUGCUGCUCUGGUUGAAUUAAGAGCCCUGCCCCUCCAGGAAGGGAGCUGGAGGCUGGGAGGGAUGUGGAGUGUAUUGCAGGUAGCACAGAGUGUUUUUGCUUUACCAACUGUACCAUGCAUCCACCUAUUGUAACUGCAGUUUAGAUACAACCCUUUCAUUUAGACUCCCUUCUGUGCUGACACCUAAACACAGGUGUAAGAGCCUUACCAGUAACUUCUUUCUCUCAUGUUUCACAUGCUCUGGCAAUAAGAACUUGUCAUUUUUGGAAGAAGUGAAGCAUGUGGACAUGUACAGAUACUGAAAUCCAUAAAUCACUGAUUUUUCUGAAAUAUGCAUGAAAUAAUAAUAAAAAAUACUUACAAAAAUGCAUUCAUUUCAGUAGGUAUGUUGUAGUGGCCUAUAAGCUAUGAAAGGUUUAAAAACUUAGGGCAUUAGAGGGGCUCAGACUAGGGAAGAGAGUUUCUGGGAAUUGGGAGACUAUCAGCUGCCUUAUUCGCCCUGGUCUGUGAGGCAGGUGGCAAACGGAUGGAAGGAAGGAAGCAGAGAAAAGGAGAAAUGCCAAUAAUGCAAUCAUAAUUUAGAUGCAAAAUCCUAGGCUUUGUAGCAUGCUUGAGAUUUUACCCAUGGCAUCUUGAUGUGAUAGGCACCAUCCUCUGAAUUUUAACAGAGCUCUGGCACCAACUAUUCAAAACACUCAGCCUGCUCAAAAUGAAAUUCGCUCUGGUAAAGGUGCAGUGUUGCAACUCACUAUUGCCUCCAUGCAUUACAGUGCAUGCUUUGGACUGGGGCAGUUAAAAACAACACACAAGAAAGGCUGUCAGCACCAGGACUUUAAAUUACUGUAACUCUGUCAGAGUUUAUAAAUGGGAUUUUACUCAAUUAAUAAGAAUUAGUUUUUAAUCUAGUUCAAAAUACAUAAGCACAUUUAAACAUCCCAGCUAAACUUUUUCCAGCAAAAAAACCCUCAUCCCCGUUCAUAUCAGCAAAAUAUAACACACACAGCCAAGCUUACUCUCAGUCAAAUUCCCUUUAUUUCACAGAUGUUAAUUGCUAACAAAGCUAAACAAAUCUGUAGUUCAGACUGAGUCACUAAAACUUCUUCCAAAGACCUGGAGGAACAGACUUUAUGCAUUUUUUUUGUCAUUUCAACCCUUAUUAUUUCCUCUGAAUUAUAACAGCAAAGACACAUUUUCACAUUUUGUUUUACAUCAUUUUAACAUUUUUAAGCUAUACAUUCUCUGCCUGAAAACCAAUAAAUAUGUUAGUGUGAAAAGACUAGAAAAUUUCAUUAUUCUAGAAAUAUAGUUCAUGAGAAACUUCCUUUCAUAUGUAGAUGACUUAUCAGUGAUCCACUUGGAAAAUGUUCUGAUUACCACAUUUGAACAGACUACACAGGAUUCUUGGAUUUGAUCCAAAUUUAGAGAGCUCCAAUUCACUCCUUUUAUGAAAAGACACCAGUUUUAAACAUACAUAGCUAGAAAUGGAAAGCAGCCUUAGGAAUUAAAUGGGUUUUUAUGCAGCUGAGUUGAGAUAUACCAGAAAUAAAUUAAGUUCAGUGCUGAAGAUCAUUUUAAAGCAUCCUAGCAAUUACACAGGAAGCUAGAUGUAGUAACUAUGAAGCUUUCAAUCCAACUGUAUCUUUGGAAAAGACAAAAUUUAAUAUCACUUAGCUCACAAUUUUUUAAUGUAUCUGGUAACUCUGUUGGAGCACAGAUCCUGCUUAUUGCUCUGAAACAUAAAACAUUAUCAUUAAGAUCUAGAUGCUUAUCUAGAAUUAGUAGCCAAAAUUAAAAAGAACAAAGGGACGACAGCAGGAACAAAGGCACAUGGUUAAUUUAUAAAAGUAUUUACAGGGUACUUGAACACUUAUUUCUAUCUACUAGAAAUUCAUUCACCUUGAAUGAAAAAAGGGAAAAAGAACAGGUUAAAGGCUAAACAGAUGUUCUCAAGUGAUACAAGCAGAGAAUCUUGUAACCAUUAAAUUAUUUCCAUAAUUAAACUUCUCAUCUUGAAUAUGGAAUUUUCAAAUACUAAAAUUCAUAAAUUUAUUAUUUCUCUAAGCAAAUGUGAUACUUUAGUGCAACCCUCUUCAAAGAUUGAAGCUGGCACAGUUAAGGCAGUCGACUAACAGUGUUUAAAAUUCAGCACACAGUGUUCAAUCAUUGCCUGUCUCUCUGGAAAGCUGUCUUUUGACACCAUCAUCCUUCUAGCGCUGCAGUUUCAAACACAGCAUGGUUAAACACUGCAGUUCUUGCAGUGUUUGGGCUUUUUGGAGGUGGUAAGGGAGGAGUCCAACAGCUGUUAGCUCCAGAAACAACUCUGAAGGGUGGGCAACAUCCCCAAGCUGAUGUGUAGCUUUACUGCAUUCUGUGCUAACCUUCACAGGCUGCCAACACAAUGCUACUAAAACUACACCAGUUACAUUCAAACCUACAGAGCACUCUAUAAACCCUGCUGCUGUGAUGUGCACUCCACUCAUAGUGUUUCCAUACAGUCUGCUGCCAAAAGCAAACUAAUCUUCCUAAGGUGGGUGUUGAUUUUUCAUAGAAGUUCAUUGAGGCACACAUUCAAAAAACCCCAAACC